CAUGGUCCAUAUAUAUAGUCUCCUCCAGGCUUCCUCUGGAUUUCCAUCCCAUUCGGAAAUAAAUCAAGAGAGAUCGAGAUGGCUGACCAGACCCAAGGUGCGGUCGACUCGCUGGUGGGCCUCCUGUCGACGGCUAUCAAGGAUGAGGCGAAGCUGCUGGGCAGCGUGGGCGACAUGCAGUUCAUCAAGGACGAAAUGGAGAGCAUGAACGGCUUCCUACUCCACCUCACCAAGACGGACGGACUCCGCGCCUGGAUGAAGCAGGUCCGCGACAUCGCCUACAUCGGCCAUGACUGCAUUGAGCUCUACAAGCGUGACUUCGCCGACCCGCUCGGCAAGGGCCCCUGGGCCAUCCUCCAAAACCUUCCCACGUAUAUCAGGAGCCUUCCGGCACGCCACCGCCUCGCCAACAGGAUCCGGGAACUUAAGGUCCGCGUGCUUGACGUUGGCAAGAGGCGGCAGCGCUACGACAUCAGCAUCCCUCAAGCAAAGGAGAGCCAGCUGCAGAGUCUGUCCGAGAGCCAAGGUAACCAAGAAGAGAUUAACAAGAUCAGACAAGAAUUUCUGCGUGUGUUAGCACUUGACAAGCAGCAGCAGGAGGAAGCUCCUACUUUUGAUGGGGCCAUUGAUCUCCUUCCUGAAGAUCUUAAAUCGGCAGGUACCACAGUACGUGGUGGCCUUGACGAACAGUCGCCAGCCACCACACGCAGGAUCUGCAUGGAGAUGCUCCUCUGCGCUCUUCGGGCUCAUAGAAAAGUCCGAACGGCCAAUACCAAGGAAGAACUGGAGAAACUAGCCAAGGCGCCGGACAGAACAGAUCUUCCAGCUCAAGUGAUGAUCUUCUGCUACAGCAUGUUGUCCAGGAGCUACAAGAGCUGCUUCCAAUACAUGUGUGCUUUCCGUGAUGAGAUCGCCAUCAGCAGGACGAGCUUGGUCAGGCGAUGGGUCGCCGAAGGCCUGGUGAAGAAACAAGAUGGUCGUUCUCUCGAGGAAGCAGCGGAGUUGUGCUUCCAAGAGCUCCUCUUCCGAGGCUUCCUUCUUCCUCACCACCGAGGCGAUGCGGGUAAGGUCAAGAGCUGCAAGAUUGACGACACUGUCUGGGAAUUUGCCUACCGUAUGUCUGCAAGUGAGAACUUCGUGAGCAGCCUGCCGACAUACCUCUCCUACCAGCUUCGCAUCCGAAAAUUUGUGAAAGAGCAAGAAAAAGAACUGGAGAAGAACCCACGACCACAGGAGGUGGACAGUCACCGUAGUAUUUGUGGGUUUCGUCGGAGGCCGCGGGAUGACACCAAGGCCAUGGAUGACAUGGUAAGCUUACUCGGAACUCUCCCCCAAGCUACCGGAAGCUUGGGGUGGUUCUCUGUGCGACUCUGCUCUGAAGAUGGAGAUGACAGAACAGCACUUAAUAAUUGCACCAAAAAUACUCCAGAGCCUGCAUAUCAGCGGCAUCAGCUUAGCGCAAACUGGGCUGCCUGGAUCCUCCAGCCCCAACUCUCCGAGAUUACACUGUGUAACACCUGGCUGUCAAAAGAAUCUCUGCAGAAGCUUGGGACCAAUCUCCCUCGUUUGUGCUGCCUUCGGCUCCGUCGCAACUCGUACAACGACUGCAAGCUCACCUUCAACAAGGAUGGGUUCAAGCCUCUCAAGUUCCUCAUCAUUCAGGGCGACAAGGUCACCACUGUCGAAUUUGAAGAAGAAGGAACAACCCCUCUGCUGGAGAAGAUCGUUUGGCGCAACAUGUCCCUCAACAACAGCGGCUCGUUUUCUGGAAUCUACCACCUUGCAGGGAAGCUGGAAGAGGUGGAGCUCAAGGGCCUCUUUGACGUCGGCUCCAUUGAAGCAUGGAGUGGAUGCAAAGUGAACUAUGACCUUGAGGUACCUGUUGCAUGCGUUGAUUAAUUCCCUCGGUCUCUAUUCUCUACUCGCUCGUCUGCCUGAAUAUGUAAUGUGUGUGAAUCUGUACGUGUGUGCCUGAAUAUGUGUGUGAAUCUGUACGUGUCUGCCUGAAUAUGUGUGUGAAUCUGUACGUGUCUGCCUGAAUGUUUGGAUCCUAAUUUGUAUUGCUAGUGUGUUUAUUUCUCCACCAUGAUCGAUUUGAUGUAAUCGAUCUCUUCCUCCAGUUGGUUUGUAUAUGAUAUUUGUACCAAUAUUACUUGCAUUAGCAGGUCUCA